GCUCAGCGACAAAACCCGUUAUGACUACUUUGCCCGCACCGUGCCCCCUGACUUCUAUCAGGCCAAGGCCAUGGUGGAGAUCCUGCGUUAUUUCAACUGGACGUAUGUAUCAACAGUGGCAUCAGAAGGAGACUAUGGCGAGACUGGCAUUGAUGCCUUCCAGCAAGAGGCUCGAGCCCGCCAGAUCUGCAUUGCCACUUCAGCCAAAGUGAGCCGCUCCAUGAGCCGCUGGAGUUAUGAGAAUGUGAUCCGCUCCCUGCAGCAGAAGUCCAAUGCCAAGGUGGUCAUCCUGUUCACGCGCAGUGAAGACGCCCGCGAGCUGCUGGUGGCAGCCAACCGCAUGAACGUCUCCUUUACCUGGGUGGCCAGUGAUGGCUGGGGAGCACAGGAGAGCGUAGUGAGAGGCAGUGAGGCUGUGGCCGAUGGGGCAUUCACCAUUGAACUGGCCUCCUAUCAGAUCCCCCAGUUUAAUGACUACUUCACUGGCCUGCACCCGUACAACAACACCAGGAAUCCCUGGUUCAGAGAGUUUUGGGAAAAUCAGUUCCAAUGCAGCCUCCAUGAUCUGGGCUGUGGGAAGCACUCCCUCCGCGAGACUCCAUUUCAGCCAGAAUCCAAGAUAAUGUUUGUGGUCAACGCUGUCUAUGCAAUAGCUGCUGCCAUACAUAACAUGAGGCAGGCCUUAUGUCCCAACUCCACCAAGGUGUGUGAUGCUCUUAAACCUGGCAAUGGCAGAAAGUUUUACAGGGACUACAUUCUCAAGGUCAAGUUUGAUGCACCAUUUCGUCCACCAGACACAGAGAAUGUAGUCCGCUUUGAUGCCUUCGGGGACAGCCUUGGCCGUUACAACAUUUUCCACUACCACAAAGAAGAUGGACGCUAUGUCUACCAGAAGGUCGGCUACUGGGCUCAGAGUCUGACCCUGAACACCAGCCUGAUCCCCUGGGCUGGCCAGGUUGCACCAACCUCCCAGUGUAGUGACCCCUGCAGGAAGAACGAAGUGAAGAGUAUGCAGCCUGGAGAUGUGUGCUGCUGGAUCUGUAUCCCCUGUCAGCUCUACCAGUAUUUGCAGGAUGAGUUCACCUGUGCUGAUUGCAGCUUUGGACAGUGGCCCCUGGCCAACCUCACAGGCUGUUACGAUCUGCCAGAGGAGUACAUCCGCUGGGAAGAUGCCUGGGCGAUUGGACCUGUCACCAUUUCCUGUCUAGGGAUGAUGUGUACGCUCUUUGUCAUUGGCCUCUUCCUUAAACACAAUGAGACACCCGUAGUGAAGGCCAGUGGACGUGAGCUCUCCUACAUUCUUCUGCUGGGAGUGUUGAUGUGUUAUAGCAUGACCUUCAUCUACAUCGCCAAACCGUCCACGGCAGUCUGUACACUGCGCCGGCUAGGCUUAGGCACCUCCUUUGCUGUGUGCUACUCAGCCCUCCUAACCAAGACCAAUCGCAUCGCUCGGAUCUUUAGCGGGGUGAAGGAUGGAGCCCAGCGGCCUCGAUUCAUCAGCCCAGCCUCCCAGGUUGCCAUCUGUGGUGCACUGAUCUCAUGCCAGCUGGUAGUGGUGGUGGUCUGGCUGCUGGUGGAGGCCCCAGGAGUAAGAAAAGAAGUGAGUCCGAAGAGGAGUGACGUGGUCACCCUCAAGUGUAACAGCAAGGACUCCAGCAUGCUCAUGUCUCUCACCUACAACUGCAUCCUCAUUAUCCUCUGCACGGUCUAUGCCUUCAAGACCCGCAAAUGCCCCGAGAACUUCAACGAGGCCAAGUUUAUCGGGUUCACCAUGUACACCACCUGCAUCAUCUGGCUUGCUUUCCAGCCUAUUUUCUACGUUACUGCCAGUGACUACAGGGUUCAGACCACCACCAUGUGCAUCUCUGUCAGUUUGAGUGGGUCGGUGGUGUUAGGCUGCCUCUUUGCUCCCAAGGUCCACAUCAUCCUAUUCCAGCCGCAGAAGAAUGUCAGCACUCUCAGAGUGGCCACCACCCGCUUCAGCGUCACCACCGGCCCAGGCUCCAGUUUCUCUCAAGCAUCAGCCUCCAAUGUUGUUCCAACAGUCUGUAACGGACGAGAGGUGGUGGACUCCACAACGUCCUCCUUGUGAAGAUUAGCUCAGUUCCUUUGCCAAGCAUUGUAAACAGUUAUAUAAUCACUAGUCCUGAAUCAGGUGUCUCAGAUAUUAAAGAGGUAACACAGAAGAUCGUCCUGACUUUGUUGUCCUCAAAGUGCUGUGAGUACAAUGUCCCAAUAAUUUUAUUUUGUUCUUUGACUCGUAGCGAUUUUAAAUGAGAUGCCGAUAAAGUCGCAUAUAGCCCUUGUUUUUAUUGAAGAUUCUACUUGCAACAAUGGAGUAAAUUAUAGUAAAUCUGU